AUGUGUAACAUGUACAUCAUUCUCUCCUCCGUCCUGGUUGCAGCAGCCGUUGCGCAGACGUUCAACCCAACGUUGACGGUAGACAGCUGCACCAACAGCAAGCUGGUCGUCACGGUAACUGACGCCGCCGACAAUGGCAUCAUCUACAUCCAGGGCCAGGACUCCGCGUGCAGGCAGACGACCACUUCCGGUAGUUCACAGCACGAGAUUCUGUUCGGCUCGUGCAACCUGGAAUGGGAGGAGUCGUUUAAGAUAGUGAUACAGAAGAAGGCGCUUUACCAGACAGGCGAUGACAAGCAGAUUCCGGUCAUGUGCCUGGCCGACUUAACAGACCUGACUGUCAGCAACAACAUCACCGCUCUGGACAAGGACGACGACGCCGGCCAGAACAAGACGGUGAAGCCGUCGGCCACGAUGACGUUGUUCAGUGACGGCGUUAACGUCGGCGGGUCGUCGGUGAUGCUCACGGACACGAUCACUAUGUUCCUGGAGUUGGACGCUGAGUUCAUAGCUGACUUUGACAUCAAGGCAAAAGGCUGCAGCGCUGACAACAUCGAGAUCAUCGCCGCCUACUGCCCGGUAGACGUGGAGUUGUUCCCGCACAUGCAGCGCGUCUCCCAGGGACGCCUGUCCGCCUCGUUCGGCGCUUUCCGGACCACGUCGCUCGCCGGGGGAGCCGUCGCCAUGCCCUUCUCGUGCACGCUUCAGGUCUGCCUGGGACCGUGCGCCCCGACUACGUGCGAAGACGGCCAAGACAGCUACGGCCGGAAGAAGAGGCAGGUGGCGCCCGCCAAGCCGGACAAUGCCGUGGAAGACAUCAGCGUCGGCUCCUCCAUCCGCAUCACCACCGAGGAGGUCACCAUUGAGACCACCGACGAGAACAGUGACCUCUGCAUGAACCAGGGUGUCUUCAUCGCCCUCAUCAUCAUCAUGGUUGCCGGCCUCGUCGCAACCACCGUCGCCGCCGUCGUACUGUUCCGGAAGCUCCAAGAGAAGUCCGGCAUCCUCAGCAAACUCGGUUCCGGUCAGCUCAGCCACAUGCCCUGUUGACCAAUGUCCGUUGAGAAACCUUGACCAUUGACCCCUCACGACCUAUCCACUAGAAUCCUUUCAUCUGCUCUACACGAAGAACCACUGAUAAGCGUUCCUUAAACAUUCGCCAUCUUCAACGAAAACACUUCGAUCAUUGUCCCUGAAGAAACAUCUACCAGUGUCAAUUUAGAAACGUUAAUCAUCGCCAAUAAAGAACACUGACAAGUAUCCAUGUAGACUGAUGACAUUAAAUAAUUGAGCUUAUUAGGAAAAAUUCGUUAUAAGGAUUUUUUCAUUUUUAUUCGUCAUUCUAAAAUUUUGACUUUAUGUCUGUUAUAAAAGCCACUGGUUGUAAAUGAAA